CGCGGCCCGGCCGCGGGAAGGCGGCGGGGAGGCGGCGGCCAUGGCGCUGUCGCCCGUACAGCAGGUGUUGGUCUCGGCCGUGCUGGUGCUCUGCGUCUUCGUCGUCAUGCCCAGGAUGUUCGCGGGAGGAGGCGGAGGGCGGCCCGGCCGGUCUCCGCGGGGCGGCAAGGCCGGCCCCGGCCAUUACGAUCCCCGUCAGCACGGCAGAGGUAGUCCUCAGACAGUUUAUCAAGUUCACCGGAAUCCAGGGAAUUCUGACAGUAAUACUUACCAGAGUAUUCAACAGAUGAGAAAUGCAAUGGAAAAAGAGAUAAAAAAUGAGAGAACGAGAGGAAAUGGUCGAGAGUUAGCAUUCACCCUCAUGCCACUGUAUGCUCUUGGAGUGGGAAUGUUUGCAGCUUACAAACUUCUUAAGAUGAAGUCACAUGAAGAAAGCCACUCCAAAAAGGAAAAAAGUACAGAAGACAAGGCAAAGGAAACAGAGCAUCAGCUUUUAGAACUGGAGCAACAUCUAGCACAGACAGAGAAAAUGUUAAAUUCUUUAUUGACUCAGUUGGAUCCACUUUCAAACUGUGUCAAUGCUUUAGCUUGCGAGCAGAAAGAUGAAAUAAUGACACAGCUCCAAUCAAUUAGACGACUGAUGAAAGAAAGUGGAUUGGAUAAAUCAGAAAACAAGAUGAAAGAUCUUGGACACAUUUGUAAUGAGAAACUUGAAGAUCUCAUUCAGUCAUUUGCUGAACAUUCUCAAGAAAAAGAAAUGAACAACAGAGAAGAUGACUGUAAUGAAGAUUUGCUUGAGGAUAUUGAUAAUGAUUACAAAAUAGAAGAGCAUGAAUUACACAGUGAAUGUGAAAUACAUCAGAUGGAGGCAGAUGUUGUAGAAGAUGAAGAAAUGAUAAACAGAGAUGCCAUUGAGUCUCAAGAAGAGAUGGGACUGAGGAGACGCAAUAGAUAUGAAUGGAAUCUGCAUAUGUAAAACUUCCAAAAGCUUAUGAAUUCUUUUUCUAAUGUUGUAUGCACUUUAAACUGAAAUGAAGUUAUGUGCACUGCUAUAUGCUUUAAAAAGAGGGGUGAAAUGCUGCCUUUGCUUGUAUCUAUGACAAUUCUGUAACAGACUUCAGUGGCAGCAGAAUUUUACUCAGGAUGUUUACAUAUUUUUUCUAUUUAUUUUUCCCUAUAAAAAUAUUUCUGUACUCUGUAUAUAAUGCACUGUAAUUAUAUCUGAUGCUUCACUAAAGUAUUAUAAUAACUUCUAAUUGAGACUAUAAAGAAUAGAUGUUUCAUAAAUGUUUUGUAAUUAGAAAGCAUUAUGCCACUUGAACUGUGACUUCCUUGAGUUCAUUAAAGAGCAUGCACUGAUGAAUUCA